AUGAAAGUUCGACCGGCCAAACUGGAAGUUGAGGGAGAACCUGUCUUUUUGAAACGCCGUGUCAUUCCCUAUGGCCAACGUGAAGGUGUAUUGAAAGCUCUUGAGAAAAUGGAGCAUGACGGCAUCCUCACUCGAGUAACAUCCAGCGCGUGGGCAACACCAAUUGUGAUCGCAAUGAAAAGUGAUGGUAAGACACCAAGAAUUUGUGGUGACUACAGACUAACACUCAACCCCCGGCUGCGAAAGUGUGCGACUACUACCAUGGAACCAGAAGAUUUCAUGAAAGCUUUACAUGGUAGCACAUAUUUUUCGAAGAUUGACUUGGCUGAUGCCUACCUUCANUCAAUUCGUGCUUCCAAGUGCAUGUUCAGUUCCCCAGAAUUGGAGUUCCUAGGCUUCACAGUUGAUGAAAAAGGCUACCGCCCUGAUCCAAGUCGCUUUCGUCCACUGACUGAAUUGGAGUCACCAAGGGACCAAAACCAACUCAGAUCCAUCAUGGGAUGCCUCCAAUACUAUUCGCGUUUCAUCCCUAACUUCGCCACAAAAGUUCAACCGCUGUUUGCUGCCCAGUCAAGUGCAGACUGGAAAUGGACGGCCGAGUGUGAACGAAUUCUGCGUGAAACCAUACAGAUGAUAACAAACCGACCGGUACUCGCCUCGUUCUCUCCGACGAAACGUCCAACUCUGAUCACCGACGCAUCAGACGUGGGCAUUGGUGCUGUACUCGAACAAGAUGGAUGUCCAAUUAUCUGCAUUUCUCGUCUACUGAAUGCAGCAGAGCGAGGAUAUUCGCAAACGCAGAAAGAAGCGUUGGCUGUCUACUGGGCCGUCAGACGCCUGCACAAAUACCUUGUGGGACUGCGCUUCACCAUAGUUACUGACCAUCAAGCCCUACAAUACAUAUUCAGCCCACUGAAGUCGAUUUAUAAACCGACGGCGGCAAUGAUCCAACGAUGGAGUAUAGCAUUAGCUGCAUACGACUAUGAUAUUGUGCACCGGCCGGGCAAAACAAUUCCUCAAGCAGACUUUCUCUCACGAUGGUCCAAAUUCGCGGCGGCCAAGAAAUGCUAUUUCAUUGCUACUGCCUCCCCGGUAUCACGAGAGGAACUACGCCGAUACACCAAACGAUACUAUGCAGCAAUCAUCACCGCACUAUCGAAAGGAUGGCGUCCGGACGUAAAACGCAAGUUCGCGGCAUUCUACGCACAUCGGGAAGAAAUCAGCGUACAACCUGAUGGAAUACUCUGCCGUAACGAUCGACUGAUUAUUCCACCUCCGCUGCGCAAGGCAGUGCUAGAAGAUCUGCACAAGGGCCACUUGGGGGUGGAAAAGAUGAAGUCGUUGGCGCGACAGAUGUGUUGGUGGCCUGGUAUAAAUGAAGACAUCAGCCGAACUGCUAAAAACUGCGACGCGUGUCUACAAAAACAGAAGUCAAAACCGAAAAAUUGGGCACCAUGGCCAGAGAGCUGCAUUCCAUGGCAACGCGUGCAUGCCGACUUCUGCGGACCAUUUCUCGGUCAGUACCACGCACUAGUACUCAUUGAUUCCUACUCGAAAUGGCCGGAAGUAUUCCUAACCAGCACACCAACCACGUCGUUCGUGAUGAGAGUACUACGAAAGUGUUUCAGUCGAGAAGGUGUCCCACAAGUCUUUGUGACUGAUAACGGAUCGCAAUUCUGUGCUGCGGAAUUGAAGGCAUGGCUGGACAGUAUUGGCUGCCGACAUCUACGCACAGCACCACGUCACCCCUGUUCGAACGGUGCAGCGGAAAACCUGGUGAAAACGGUGAAGAGUGCCAUAGCUUCUGCGAAUCCGAGGACAAUUGUAGAAUUGGAGACACUCCUAGAUAACUUCCUACUACAAUACCGAAAUGCCGCACAUGCUACUACCAAGGAGAGUCCGGCAAAACUGUUCAAGGCCAGA